AUGUACCCGGGGUAUCGGGUUCGAAUCUGCACACUGAUCCUUGUUUCGUUUAUUCAGUCAGAGUCACGAAUCACGUAUGUCACACAGGAUCACGCACGUUUCACAAAGUCAUUUAUGUUACAUAACGUCACGUAUGUUACACAGAAUCACACUUGUUACACAGAGUCGCGAAUCACGUAUGUUACACAGGAUCACGUAUGUUACACAAAGUCAUUUAUGUUACAUAAUGUCACGUAUGUUACACAGAAUCACGCUUGUUACAUAGAGUCACGAAACACGUAUAUUACACAGGAUCACGUACGUUACACAAAGUCAUUUAUGUUACAUAACGUCACGUAUGUUACACAGAAUCACGCUUGUUACACAGAGUCACAAAUCACGUAUGUUACACAGGAUCACGCACGUUUCACAAAGUCAUUUAUGUUACAUAAUGUCACGUAUGUUACACAGAAUCACGCUUGUUACAUAGAGUCACGAAACACGUAUAUUACACAGGAUCACGUACGUUACACAAAGUCAUUUAUGUUACAUAACGUCACGUAUGUUACACAGAAUCACGCUUGUUACACAGAGUCACAAAUCACGUAUGUUACACAGGAUCACGCACGUUUCACAAAGUCAUUUAUGUUACAUUAUGUCACGUAUGUUAAACAGAAUCACGCACGUUUCACAAAGUCAUUUAUGUUACAUUAUGUCACUUAUGUUACACAGAAUCGCACUUGUUACACAGAGUCACGAAUCACGUAUGUUACACAGGAUCACGCAUGUUUCACAAAGUCAUUUAUGUUACAUAAUGUCACGUAUGUUACACAGAAUCACGCUUGUUACACAGAGUCACGAAACACGUAUGUUACACAGGAUUAC